AUGAGUCAUAUCGACAAUAUAAGGGAUCAGUUGGAUAGGAAGGACUAUCAAUCACUCUGGUUCACACCAAGGCUGGAGCAUCUGUGGCGAACACUCAAACAAUGUGCAAUCAGCUAUCAAUCAUUGGAGAGGGAGCACAAGGAUGUCAGUAAUCAUUUCGAACAGCUAUUCAAGUUGUUGAUGGCUCAGGAGCAUAAGCUCAAGACACCGAUCAAUUCACAGAUGUCACACAUUCAAUCGACAAUCAAUGAGAUCACCGAUGAGAUCAUGUUUGUAAAUGCAACACGCAACAUGACCGCAUACACCGCCAAUGACGAGAUUAAUGGGAGCAAAGAACAUCUAUCAGCGCUCAUCUCAUCGAUAUCCUCGUGUCACUCAAUCGAACAGUUUAUCUACAACCAAUCAGCAACGAUCUCCAAUGACAACAUUGUUGUCUAUGACAAUUUCAAUGGCAAUGACUCUUACCGCACGAAGCUCAAUGACAAUGAACUGUUGUUGCUGAUCACGAGGCACGUCAAACACAUCAGUCAAUCGCAGUAUCACAAGGAGUCUCUGUUUGAAACAUGUCGUGUCGAUAUUGAUGUUGCCCUGUUCAUGGACAUCAAGAUGCAGAUCGAGUCAUGCUUUGUCCUGCUUGACAGCGACACACAGAGGAAGAACAAUCACUUUGUUUGUCUAAAGAGCUCUCAAGUCUGUCAUUACAACCUCGGUGCGCCGAAUUGGAAGACGAUCAGAGAAACAUUCCCAAGACCAAUCGAGGCAUCCCCCACAACUUUGGUCUAUUCUCGUGGCAGUAUCUAUUCGUUUGGAUUGGUGGACGGACAGACAGUGUGCGCAAGGUACUCCUUCUGUGACAGGAGGGCAUUCUACUACGACAUCAAGGCUUUCGCUGGAGAAAAAUACGUCUCUGCCUGCUACGAUGGCAGUCGCAACAUCUACCUACUUGGAGGCGCAACUGAACAGAGGAAAUUUAACCGAGUGGAUUGCUUCGAUAUCACCACAAAGAGGAUAAAGUUGGUUGGAUAUAUGGACAGCGUCAAGAACAACCCACCUCCACUGACAUACUUCCGUAACAACUUGAUCUACGUUGUUGGAGCGCUGAGUAAUUCGAUGGCUCGGACAAUGGCUACUUUCGACGUUGAGAAUCUUAUCACGACAAUUGAAAUCAGUCUACCAGGCAGUAUCACUGGUGCGAUAAUGAGUUGUUUCGAUGGCCUCGACCGGAUCUUCUACAAGGACCGCGACUCUAUCAAAACCUAUUCGAUGAGCAACAAGGGCACAACUAGAUAUGCAUCAAAGUGUCCUGUCGAUGGAAAUCUGGUAGAACUUGGUGACAAUGUAGAUGUCAUAUGCUUUGCUUUGACAUGCAAGACUUUAUACUCUAAUCGAUCAAAGUUAAUGACUGUCAACUUGGCACCAUCACUCAAGGGUACAGUGAUCCCCAUCUUGAAAGCAGCUCAGUCUAUUGCAACAACAAACAGUCUAUCAGAUAUCAUCGCAAUGAGCAACAACAACAACAAUAACAAUAUGAUCAGUCAAUCAAUAACAUUCUCUAAUGACUUUAAUGAACAGAUACCGAUUGGACUGAUCCCAACAUCGGUCACUGUGAUCAACUUUGGCAAUUCCUUCAACCAGACCUUGCCCCAAGGCUCCCUUCCUCCAGGACUCACUGAUGUCUCCUUUGGAUACCAUUUCAACCAACCAUUAGACAUUGGCUCAUUGCCUUCAACCCUCAUAUCAUGUCAUUUUGGAUCAUCAGAGUAUGAUCAAGAGAUCACUACAGACUGGCUACCUCAAUCACUUCAAACACUCGGCUUUGGAGACAACUUUAAUCAACCUCUCUCUGCACCAUCCUCUUCCUCUUCUUCAUCUCUUGUCUUGCCGCCUUCUCUUACUGUGCUCUCGCUUGGAGAGAACUUCAACCAACCACUUUCCAAGGACGCCCUACCUGUGACCAUCAAUUACUUGAGGUUCGGAAGAAAGUUCAAUCAUCCGCUAUCUCCUGGUGUCAUCCCUCAUGGACUGAACUGGUUGAUAAUGGGCUCACAGUUCAAUCAUAUCAUCAAACCCGGGGAUCUUCCAAGCUCUAUCACAGUCUUCUCUCUCGGAAACUCAUACAAUCAGUUGUUUGAAGCAGGUGCACUUCCAUCAAGUCUCCUCAGGUUGAGGAUAAUGGGACUCUACGACAAACAAUUCAUCCCUGGAUGUUCACUCCCAAACUCGCUACAAGAGCUUACUGUUGGCCCAGCCUUUAAUCAAGCCUUCAUUCCAGGUUCUCUUCCAUACUCAUUUCAAACAUUGAGGCUCUACGGAAACUACAAUCAUCCCUUUCCUCAUGGAACAUUGCCAGCAUCUCUUACUGAUCUUGUUCUGUCUGCUGUCAAUCAUCCAAUCAUCCCUGGACAGCUACCCGACAAACUUUUGUCGAUAUUCUUUGGACCAUCCUUCGACCAACCCCUGGCACCAGGUUGCCUACCCUCAUCAGUAACCAAAGUGAAGAUGUCUCAAUCAUUCAACCAACCAAUCGUCAAAGGUGUCUUGCCUCAUUCGAUCACUUGUCUAGACUUUGGAUACAUGUUCAACAAACCUCUGGAUCCUGGUGUGUUACCUUCUGGCCUCUCUGAAUUAAGUUUUGGACAUUGGUUCGACAUCAAGUUUGUUCAUGGAUCACUACCCACGACCCUUACCAGUAUGACCUUUGGUGCAUCUUUCAAUCAACAAUUGGAUGAAGGUGUCCUACCCGACUCAAUAACCAUUCUCAACUUUGGAAAGAAGUACAAUCAACCUUUCAAACCUGGAAUGCUACCACGAUCACUCUCCACUCUAUCAUUCUGUCAAGCAUAUGAUCAACAAUUAUUGCCAGGCUCCAUACCCCAAUCACUAAGUGAUCUUACCAUCAAUGCACAGAGUAUUGGUGAACCAUGUAAACUGCAGCCAUUCCUAACUGAAUGUCUCAUGCGCCUAAGACUACACAUCCCAUCAGAGUAUACUACAUCACAGGUGGGAUCUGCAUCAAUGCCAUUCCUCCCCUACCAUCCCAACAUCCAUACCUACACACUGCUCCAAGGUAGCAUAGACAUACACAUCAGGAUCUUGGACCAGCUUCACUCCCUAGUGCUGGACGAAAUCCUACAAGGAUACAUUUGCAAGACAUCAAGUAUAUUCAACACAAAAGAAUACCCAAUGUAA